GUAGGCAGUGUGUGUGUUGCUGAGCGCGGACAGAGACGCGACCAUCACGAGAGGAGGCUGAAAUCUCGCUCUGGGAUCAGAUAUUUACGCUGUUUUGGGGUCUGAAUCAAUCGUUGGUUGGUUUGGACUCGUUGUGACUCGGACUCGGACUCGAUCAUUUGGAAUAAUCUGGCGAUGGUUCGUUUUAAAUGCUGUUUUCUGCGGAGCUGCAGCUGAUCUUUGAUUCCGAGUCCUCCAGGAUCUCUCAGCGUCAUGGAUCUUCGGGAGUCCGCCGUCCUCAAACUUUUCAUGGUUGUGUUUGUGGCGAAUGUGUCAAUGAUGAGAGAUUUAACAGGGGCAGACAGUGUGACGGCUCCGCCCCCUCACAGGUGGAUGUGUAAUGAGUCUCGUCUGCAGUGGGAGGUGGAGGUGUGUGGAGACGACUUUAAGAGAAACAUGGACCACGUGGAUCCUAAAUUCUGGUGUAACCUCACACACUUCAUCAGUGAGUACAACCUCUUCAGCCUCUGCACAGAGACCAAGUCGAAGGGGGUUGAGUGUUAUUGGCCCAAUCCUCUGGUAGAGAGCUACAUCAUCCGCAUACACAAGACCUUUUUCUCCAACUGCACCAACAAACCGAUGGAAUUGGUGGACCCGCCCGACGAAACGCUCACCCUCCUCAUCCUAAUCCCGGUGUUCCUCACGUUGGCCAUGAUCGCUGUGGUGGUGUGGUGCAGCAAGAGGAGCGAUUUGUUAGCUUAGCAUCAGAGGAAAACGCUCUAAAAUCAGACUGUACGAAGUUUUCAGUUGGUCGAGUUUCCCUUUCAGUUGUGCAAAAAAAGAUGUGAAACUGAUGUGACAAAGACCAAAGUGAUGUGUUUAUCUUUUAUAAAUUAAUAUAUGAUGUUUAAUAUUUUAUAUUCUGACACUCUAUCAACACAAGCGACUGUGCUGCUUUAAGUCUUAUACUUCAAAACAAACAUAAAAAAGACAGUAAACAGGAAGAGACAGAGAGCCGCCGGCCAUCCACAGGAAGCGAGAAUCCUCCAAAGUUUCAUUUUUGAUUACGUUUAUUAAUAAUCAGUUUGUGGUCAUCGUCAUAUUGUCAGUAAUUUAAAACAAGUGACGGCAUGUCAGAUUCUCGCGCAAUCAAAAACAUUUUGUCUACAGAUGUAAAGAACCGGAUUCAAACUCAGCUUUAAGGUGGUUUUGUGAUUGACAUGAGACUGUGUAGGACUCGUCUGAUUGACAUGAGACUGUGUAGGACUCGUCUGAUUGACAUGAGACUGUGUAGGACUCGUCUGAUUGACAUGAGACUGUGUAGGACUCGUGUGAUUGACAUGAGACUGUGUAGGACUCGUCUGAUUGACAUGAGACUGUGUAGGACUCGUCUGAUUGACAUCAGACUGUGUAGGACUCGUGUGAUUGACAUGAGACUGUGUAGGACUCGUCUGAUUGACAUGAGACUGUGUAGGACUCGUCUGAUUGACAUGAGACUGUGUAGGACUCGUCUGAUUGACAUGAGACUGUGUAGGACUCGUGUGAUUGACAUGAGACUGUGUAGGACUCGUCUGAUUGACAUGAGACUGUGUAGGACUCGUCUGAUUGACAUCAGACUGUGUAGGACUCGUGUGAUUGACAUGAGACUGUGUAGGACUCGUCUGAUUGACAUCAGACUGUGUAGGACUCGUCUGAUUGACAUCAGACUGUGUUGGACUCGGCUAUGAAAUGGAACCAAAUAUGGACUGGAUUUUGAUUCUGCAAGUUUGAUUAGUGUUGUUGCUCAAUGGACUGUUGGACUGGAACAGAACCAAAGACAGUUUUAUAACACUGUAACUUAUACAAACUAUUGAAAUAUUGUUCAUACUCACACUGUACAGAUCUGUAUGCUGUAUCUAUAAACACACUGACUUUAACUGAGUUCAUGUUCAUCAGUCCUCAGACUGAAGGUUCCUCCAUUAAAACUCUCAGUCUAAAAA